AUGAUACGUGCUACACAUUCAGACCCACUUCUUUCUUUCUUUCUUUCUUUCUUUCUUUCUUUCUUUCUUUCUUUCUCUGACAUAAUCCAGGACAUGAUCCAUUCAGAACACUUCUUUCUUUCUUUCUUUCUUUCUUUCUUUCUUUCUUUCUUUCUUUCUUUCUCUGAUACUUUUCUUCUUUUUUUCUUUUCUUUCAUGAUUUCUUUCUUUCUUUCUUUCUUUCUUUUUCUUUCUUUCUUUCUUUCUUUCUUUCUUUCUCUGAUACCCACUUCUUUCUUUCUUUUCUUUCUUUCUUUCUUUCUUUUCUUUCUUUCUUUUCUAACCACUUCUUUCUUUCUUUCUUUCUUUCUUUCUUUCUUUCUUUCUUUUCUUUCUUUUCUCAGUAAUAACACCAUCAGACCACUUUUCUUUUUCUUUGACCUUUCUUUCUUUCUUUUCUUUCUUUCUCUGGACCUGCUUUCUUUAAAACUUUUCUUUCUUUUUUCUUUCUUUCUUUCUUUCUUUCUUUUCUUUCUUUCUUUCUUUCUUAACACCAUAGGACUUUCUAUUAUACCUUUAGACCCUUUUUUCUUUCUUUCUUUCUUUCUUUUCUUUCUUUCUUUCUUUUUUCUUUCUUCAGUGCCUGCUUUGCUACAUUCAAAUUUUUUUCUUUCUUUUCUUUUCUUUCUUUCUUUCUUUCUUUCUUUCUUUCUAACUUUUCUGACCUUCUUUCUACAUACAUUAACUUCUUUCUUUCUUUUCUUUCUUUCUUUCUUUCUUUCUUUCUUUUCUUUCUACUUUUCUUUCUUUCUCAGUAAACACUAUUUUUCUUUCAGACCCUUUCUUUCUUUCUUUCUUUCUUUCUUUUCUUUCUUCAGUGCCUGCUUUCUUCAUACUCUUUUCUUUCUUUCUUUCUUUGUUUCUUUCUUUUCUUUCUUUCUUUCUUUCUCAGUCCUUUCUUUGCACACCCUUUCUUUCUUUCUUUUCUUUCUUUCUCUCAGUGCCUGCUUUCUACCACACCCUUUAACUUCUUUUCUUUCUUUCUUUCUUCCUUUCUUUCUUUCUUUCUUUCUUUCUUUCUUUAGACAUGAUCCAUUCUACAUACCCUUCUUUCCUCUUUCUUUCUUUUCUUUAACACCAUUUCUUUCUUCUUCUUUCUUUCCUUUCUAUGAUUUCUACAUGCUACACAUUAGCACUUUUCUUUCUUUUCUUUCUUUCUUUUAUUUCUUUCUUUCUUUCUUCAACCUUUUUUCUUUCUUUCUUUCUUUUCUUUUCUUUUCUUUCUUUCUUUUCUUCAGUUCUUUCUUUGGUAGUCAUAGAGACAUAGUCAUGCUAACACAGACAACUUUCUUUCUUUCUUUUUUCUUUUUCUACAUUUCUUUUCUUUCUUUUCUUUUUCUUUUCUUUCUUUCUUUCUUCUGA